GAGAUUAAUACCACCUUUCUAUAGAAUGUGUAGUUAACGCUCUUAUCUAUACCUACUGUAUUGUGUAUGUACAUUUUAUAAUAGUUGUAUAUUAUAUAUUAAUUAGUGUAUAAUAAAGUAUGCGGGGGGGCGAGAGGGCCGCCCGCGCUCUCAUAUUCCGUAUAUUGAUUGUGUGCGAGGGGGCAGGGGCAAGGAGGGGGCCGCGGCGUGCCCCACUCUGUUAUUUUACGACACGGCUUUCUGUGUAACAUAAUUUUAUGUUUAAUUUUGUGAAAUGAUUCGACGAUAUUCUUGAAAAUAGCAUAGAUAGAAGUGAGAUUUCCAGAAUGCAGGGUGUCGUGAGCGACAAGACGUUCCACCUGAAGUGGAACAACCACCUCCAGAACCUGAGCCAGUUGUUCACGACCAUCUACUCGUCAUCGGCGCUGGCGGACGUGACCCUGUCCUGCCGCGACGGAACCCUCAAGGCGCACAAGCUCGUGCUCUCAGCAUGCAGCCCCUACUUCGAACAGAUCUUCCGGGACAACCCAUGUCAGCACCCAAUCGUGAUACUGAAGGGUAUCCCGUUCUCCGAGAUCAACCUGCUCGUGGAGUUUAUGUACAAAGGCUCCGUGGAUGUGCAAGAGUUGGAUCUGCAGUCUCUGAUGCACACCGCAUCGGAGCUGGAGAUCCGAGGGCUAGCAUAUGAGGCCCGUGACAAUGCGGCGCAGCUGUUGAAUGUGAACCUGGAGUACCCGACGUACACCCCCACUUCCAAUGCGGUGCCUCCGCCGGCGCCGCCGCCCCAGGUGCAGCCACAACAGUUCCCUCAAGCUCGCACCGAUGUUGAGAGGCUUAAACAGAUCCACAUGUACCAGCAGUCCAUGAUGCGAGCGGAGGAGAUCCGCCGGCGGCGCCGCGAUGAGCCGGGCACCCACACCGUGGUCAACAACAUCCUGGCGGCGGCGGCCAGAGAGAUGGAGGAGGCGAGGAACAACGCGGCCAGGGACAAGGUCGUGGCCAGUAUACAGACUGAGCAUCAUGAACAUGCAGAGCUCAAGCGCGACACAGAAGACGACAAGCCGAAGAAGCGUGUGUCCAUCCUAACGCCUGACGACGACCGGCUGAAGGCCAAGAAGAAGAUGACGGUGCGCUUCCAGGACGAAGUGAAGACCGACGAGCGGCCCAGCAAGUCCAACUCACCAGGCUCAUCAAACAGCGACUCUCACAAGAACGAGUGCGACUCUCGGCCGGGCGGCAUCAAGGUGGUGCAGCUGUCGGCGCUGCAGCAGAAGCCUGAGGACGACUCCGAUGAGAAAGGCAACAAGCAAAGCGUGGAAGACGAGUCGGAGACGGACUCAAGCGGCUCCGUGUCCGACGCACCCAACGAGUCUCAUGAGGAGCGCCCGCACAUGUGCGAUAUUUGUGACCUCAGGUUCCAACGAGCCUCCCACUUAUCCCGCCACCGUCUCAUCCACACCGGCGAGCGUCCAUUCACGUGCGGCGGCUGCGGGCGUUCCUUCGCCAGGUCGGACAAGCUGCGAGUCCACACGAAGAUCUGCGAGCGGGUACGAACACGACUCGUGGACGACCCAACAGUGGACAUGGCGAGCGAGCCGGCCGCGCCGCCCAAGCGCGAGAACUCCGAGGUCAUGUCCGGCAUGGUUCGCACCACGCACCGCGAGUCCGGACAUCUAGUAUUCACCCCAAGCGGCGACGUGAUGCUGCCCCCGCGCUCGGCCUCCAACCCCGUGGUCCUCAACUCGACCCUGGAGACAUCGCGUGAAGGCGAGGAGCCUGUGCGGCGCGGGCGCGGGAGGCCCCGCAAGACGCCGCUGCCGCUCACGCCCAAGAUCAAGAAGCGUAGGGGACGCCCUCCGAAGACUUCGCUGGACAUGGAGGGCUGCGUCCUCACAGCCGGCUCAGUGGCUCCCCUCGCGCUGGCCUCGCCCGCCCAGCACCAGCUCAUGCUGAAGCGGAAGCGAGGCCGCCCGCCCAAGAACUACUUCGUGAGGCCUGGUGAUGUCCACCCGUCCGUGUCCAUCAACUUUGCAGACGCUUACGGACGCCCCAACGAAAACUACAACGCUAGCAACCUACCUUUCGGCGACUUCUCCUACCUGACUGACAUGAUGUACAACCCGGCUCUCACGGCUUAUUCCUACGGGGUGACCAGUUCUGACGCGGACCGCAGCAUGGACCACAGUAUGGACCACAGUAUGGACCACGAGCAGACCGCUAGCGCGGAGACGUCGCGGGAACGCACUAUUGAUGUGUCGGACUCGUCUUCAGACGAAGACGACGGUCCUCGAGUAGAACCCGAAGAGAACGUGCCAGCAGUCGGCGUGGAGACCCAGAUCAUGACCGUGGGAGACUGCCAGAUCGUCAAACUACCCGCCAACGACGACAAAACCGACGACAAGACCGAACCCCCCAACGAAACCGUGUCCUCAUCCACCCCUAACUCCGUCACUAUAACUCCAAUAACUACAGUGGGAGACUGCACUAUACGGCCGGUCGAGAACAACACGUAAGAAGGAGGUUGGUGGUAUUAUUGUGGUAGCAUUUAUUAACGGUAUGGUGGCAAUAUUGGUGUUGUAAGUGUAGAAGUGUCUUCCUUUGUUUGACAUUGCGUGGGAGCUGGUUUUGUGGGCGUGUUUGCGAUUGGUGAAGGUUGUAGGGUACGUUUUGGACGUAUAUUGACUGUUACUGAUGUCAGUAAAGUAUUUCGACUAGGAUAUGCUCUGAUUGCAUCUUUUUGCAACGAUGAUAAAAACGUUAUUACGUAGACGCAAUUGAUCGCAAAUACGGCCACAGAAUUAGUUUGUUUCAAACUUGAAAGCUUGAAUCUAAAUGGCUUAGCAAAAGUAUUAUAAUGUGGUUAGUUAAUAACAGUAAAUGCUACUACAAUGACUGGAAUAUCUUAAAAAAAAUUGUCGAAGAAUCAUUACUAAGAGAAAAAUGCAUUUAAAUUGGGGCAAGGAUAUGUGGAAAUUAUUUAUUUUACUGAAAUGCCAUAGCUUUACUUGGUGCAUUAUGAUGUUUUACUAACAACAACUUAUGUGUUUGUCCGAAAGUCUUAUGAUAAUAUUAUGCUAGUGGCCCAGCGUCAAGGCAGCUCUGAGUAGAGGAAUACCUCAAUGAAUGAUUUCAUGACACAGAUUUUCAUGUUCUAUAGAAAAUUAGAAUAUUUCUGGUGAAGAGGUGAGAAAACAGUGGAUUCAGAGCCACGCCGAUGCUUGGGCGAGAAACUUGAACUGAAAAACUAUUUAGAACAAAAUACAUCACAAAUGUUCUACAUAAAAUACUCAAUACAUGCAAUAAACAAUAAAAUAGAUAUAAAUACAAUCCAUAUUUAAACAUAUUUUUGAUUUUUUAUGUAGAAUAUUGGUUUAUUUUAUAGAUGGUAAUAUUUUCUAAAAUCUUAAUAGGUAAAGAAGGCAGCAUAUUUACUUACAUAUUAUAAUAAUACUAAUAACAAUGGAACUAUUUAGAUACGCAGUGUUUAGAAGAAUGUUGUGCACUUUGAAAUUGCCUUUAAUGUUUCUCGUGUACGAAUCAUUUUCUAAAUUCAUAAUUACUGAACUUUACGUGGCUUUGUUGACACGACACUUGCAUUACACAAGCUAGAACAAAACACAGCGGUGCCCUUUUAACCCUCUAGAUUUGUUAGUUGCACUUAAUAUUUUUAGAAAGGCUCAUCCCAUGGCUUCCUGAAUAUUAUUCUGAUCUUCCGAAAGUGAGGGGUCUGGUCUAUCAUACCACCUGCCCAUCUCCUAUUUGUUAACCAUAAAACGUAUAUUGUAAUAUGAAAUAAUAACCAGUGAGAAUAGAUUAGACAAAGUGUCGCGUGAACAAAGCUACUAAAACACGUAAUAUAUAAAGUUCAGAAUUAGGUGUAAGAUUGAAGAGUAAUGUAGGUGCACGCUAUUCGCCUUUUUCAAUGUUCUUUGUAAUCAUUAUAUAAAAUAUCUGUGAAUAUUAGACAGUAGCCGGUAGUGUUUUAGAUAUUUAAUGAUAAUAAAACAUUAUUCUAAAACGUUAACUCGAGACACCACACUGUUAGGCAUUGAUUGGAUUAGAAAUAGAUAGUGCAAUUUGGGGUGAAUCGCCUAUCUCUGCACUUAUUAUAUUUUUCUGUCUGGUUUUUAAUUAGAAUAGUGAAUAUGUAUCUGGCUUCCAAUUAUGUUUUGGUAUUAAGAACAUAGUUAGUCUUAAGUUACAAUUUAAUGUAACUUGUUAUUGUGUAUCCGAAAAUGGGAAAGCAUAUAAAAGGAUAUUCCUCCAAAUUGCACUAUCAUCUCCGAUUUCUGCUGAAAAGUGAUACGAUAGGAACAUUAUUUUUAGCAGAACAUACAUACAUAUUUUAUCGAUAUACCUAUUAUAGAAAUAAAUAACAUAACUUGUAUCUAUUCGUUUACUUACGUGUCGGUAAGCAAUGACUAACUUAGAUUGUACGAUGAUGACCCCACGAUAUCUGACAACUUGUGUAAAUCGCCUACAGCUGUAAGACAGCCGGCGAGUAGCUAGUAGAUCACUAACUUAUACUUAGUACCUAUUUCCUUUGACUGCAAUACUGAUUUUUAUAAGCUUUUUAUUAUCGUCGGAAAGUCUGCAUUUUGUCUAAAAGUAUUAUUCGAACUCGCUAUUACGUUUCGUUAUGUCUGUACAGUAGUAUAGUUCCUAUGUAAUCGAUACAAAAUUAUAAUCCUUGACGAGUAAGAUUGUAAGAUUUAGAAGCCUUUUCGGGUCGCACCGCUACAGCGGCUAGCGACAAGAAACCUAAUAUUGUUUAGAUGUUUAAGUUGAAUUUCGAUCAAACUUGCAAUUAUGAUGAGUAUUUUUAAUAUUUGUUUUUGUGACGUGUUUAUUUUAUAAGAAUCAUUACGUAUUCUGUAGAAGACUGCUCGGGAUCCUUUAAGUUUAAAUGUUAUGUGAAGAUCAAAUAAAUGUUUUCGGAUGAAGUAUGUUUUGUCGAUUUGUGUAAAGAAGCCGAAGAGGCAUUUAAUGUUACAACAAACAUGAGUCUCAGUGAACAAGCUAAGCUUAUCGAGAAGUUUUGAACAUAGGAUACUGUAUUUUUAUAUUAAAAUGUAAGGUAAUUUAAUUUAUUUGAACUCUCCCAUAACCUUAGUGCUCCCAGCUCGUCACAACUGUUUGAUCCUAGGUCGACCCUGAGUGCCUAUUGGCGUAUGUUAUUCAAGUUAUCGUUAAGUUUAGUUUAACUUGUUCUUUAUAUCAGUUUUGAAAUCAUUUUGGAAUGUUUUGUUAUGUAUGAAUUGCUGAUUUGUGGCAUUUAUUUUGAAAUCUAUCUACAUAAAUAUAAAAUCGAAAAGAUUUAUACGCUGAAGAUAUCACAAAUUCUAUUUUAAGUUUAUAUUUCGGUUGAAGAACGAACAUUUAUACUCAUGAAAUUACUAUAGUUUGUUUAGGUGCUGCGUUCGCAGGUAUUGUUUAAGAAUCGUACUAUUAUGUUUACGUUAAGUUGUAGUUUGGAACGAUAAAUAUAUUCCUAUAUGUGAAAUGUUUGUUCAUUUUACGUUGUGAUUAUGUGAGUGCAAAAUUUUUAUAAUUUUAUCCAGAAACAUCGGCACAGGCAGCGUCGCCCGCGACUGUAGUCCAAGAGCAGUAUUUUUUAGAAAUAAUCUUUAUUUGUAACUUUUUAUCAUUUUAACAUAAUAAAUUUCGAUCGUUAGUAAGUUACUUUCUAACAAUGAAACAUUUAAUAAAGAAAUAACAAAACACAA